AUGACUACCCUCCCAAGUACUGGGCUCGAGCAGCCUCGCGAGCACCAGCAGGCAUCAGCAAAGCAAAUCGCUGGUGCCGAUGUCGCCACUACCCCGGAUGAGCCCGAGACAAAUCUCCCGGCGAAUCGCAACCUCAAGGAGGCGCCAAAGAGGUCACUGUGGAUUGCCUGGAUGUACAUCUUCGAAUGGUACCCCUCGCACUAUCCGGAGGACGAACGCAAGUUCCUCCGCAAGAUUGACGCAUACCUUUUGACUUUUACGAGCAUCGCCUUCUUCCUGAAAUGGCUUGACCAGAGUAACAUCAACUCGGCGUAUGUGUCUGGCAUGAAGGAGGAGCUGAGACUGUACGGCAACGAAUACUCCAUGUUCCCAAUGUUCUACAACAUAGGCUACGUCAUUACACAGAUCCCGGCAAUGCUCUUCCUCUCGAGACCGCAGUACACGCGCUGGUUCUUGCCCACCUGCGAGGUCAUGUGGAGUUGCUUGACCUUUGCACAGUCAAGGCUUCAGAGUGCCCCGCAGAUCUAUGGGACACGAUUUCUGCUCGGCGUCCUCGAGACCCCAGUUGCAUCGGGGAGCCUCUUCAUUCUCGCAUCUUGGUAUAAACCCGAGGAGCUCUUCAAGCGUGCCGGCUUGUGGUACGUAUCAAACAACAUCGGCGUCAUGUUUGGCGGCUACCUUCAAGCAGCUGCAUAUACCAACCUCAACGGCAUCCAUGGUAUGUCAGGCUGGAGAUGGCUCUUCAUCAUCGACGGCUGCAUCUCCCUGCCCCUCUCGAUCUUGGGCUUCUUCAUCUUCCCCGGCAUGCCUGCGAGCAAAAAGAUCUGGUGGAUGACCGAGAAAGAACUUGAGCUCGGCCGCCUACGCAUGCGGGAGGCUGGCGUCAAGGCGCCCAAGAAGAUUGGCAAGGCCCUCCUCAGGCGUGUUUUCUGCCAUUGGCACUGGUAUGUCGGCGUCAUGGCUUAUAUCCUCUUCCUCUCGGGCGCCUACCCACACGGCCAAAUGGCGCUCUGGCUCAAAGACGAGACCGCCAAGCACGGAACCUACACCGUGCAGCAGAUCAAUACCCUGCCCACCGGCGCGCAAGGCGUCUCCGUUGUCGCGACACUUCUUGCUACGGGCCUGUGCAUGGUCUACCCGACUUGGGCUAUCUUCCAGGUUGUCAUUGCGAUUGUGAUGUUCGCCAACGUCUGCAUGAUUGUGUGGUUCAUCCCGAAUGCGCUCAAGUUCGCCUGCUUCUAUCUCUUUGGCACAACGGCUUGCGUCACGCCGAUCCUCGUGCCGACAGUCAACCUUUGGCUCAAAGAUUCUGCCGAAGCCCGCGCCUUCUUUAAUGGCAGCAUGAUUACUCUUGGGUUCGCCGUAAAUUCCUUUUACCCACUUCUCGUGUUUCCCCAGAUCGAAGCCCCACAGUGGAAGAAGGGCUACAUUGUCAAUUUCUUCUUUGUCAUUGGGUGCUGGGCGUUUCUUACCACGGGGUACUGGCUACAUAAUCGCUGGGAGAAGCGGCAGGAGACUAGACGCGGCAUUGAAGCGCUCGAGGAGCAGAAGCUGUCGUGAUGUAUUUUAUGCCAGCCACAACGAGUGACUGAUGGCAGUCAGACGCACUGCAGGUCUGAGUGCUAGGGACCAUAGCAAAUUGAGCACGG